CGCGCGGCGGGACGAGGAGCGGGAGCGGGAGCGGGAGCGGGAGCGGGAGCGCGGGGUCCGCCUGCAGCUCUACGUCCUGGUCGUGCGCUGCAUCGCGCACCCCUUCAACGCCAAGCAGCCCACGGACAUGGCCCGCAGGCAGCAGAAGCUCAACAAGCAACAGCUGCAGCUGCUGAAAGACCGCUUCCAGGCCUUCCUCCACGGAGAGACCCAGAUUGUGGCCGACGAGGCAUUCUGCAACGCCGUGCGCAGUUACUACGAGGUCUUCCUGAAGAGCGACAGGGUGGCCAGGAUGGUCCAGAGCGGAGGAUGCUCCGCCAACGACUUCAGGGAGGUGUUCAAGAAGAACAUCGAGAAGCGUGUGCGGAGCCUGCCCGAAAUCGACGGCCUGAGCAAGGAGACGGUGCUCAGCUCGUGGAUAGCCAAGUACGACGCCAUCUACAGGGGCGAGGACGACGUGUGCAGGCCGCCCGGCCGCGGCGCCCUCAGCGCGGUGUCCGAGCUCAUCCUCAGCAAGGAGCAGCUCUACGAGAUGUUCCAGCAGAUCCUGGGCGUCAAGAAACUGGAGCACCAGCUGCUCUACAACGCGUGCCAGCUGGAUAAUGCAGAUGAACAAGCAGCCCAGAUCAGAAGGGAACUUGAUGGUCGUUUGCAAUUGGCAGAAAAAAUGGCAAAGGAAAGAAACUUCCCCAAGUUUAUAGCAAAAGAAAUGGAGAGUAUGUAUAUAGAAGAGUUGCGGUCUUCGGUGAACCUACUAAUGGCCAACUUGGAAAGUCUUCCAGUUUCAAAAGGUGGUCCAGAAUUUAAAUUACAAAAGUUAAAGCGUUCACAGAAUUCUGCAUUUUUGGACAUAGGCGAUGAGAAUGAGAUUCAGCUGUCGAAGUCGGACGUGGUGCUGUCAUUCACCUUAGAGAUUGUCAUAAUGGAAGUGCAAGGUUUGAAAUCCGUUGCUCCCAAUCGAAUUGUCUACUGUACGAUGGAAGUGGAAGGAGGAGAAAAACUGCAGACGGACCAGGCCGAAGCCUCAAGGCCACAAUGGGGAACUCAAGGUGAUUUCACCACCACUCAUCCUCGGCCUGUGGUCAAAGUAAAACUCUUCACAGAAAGCACUGGGGUCCUGGCCCUUGAAGAUAAAGAACUGGGAAGGGUGAUAUUAUACCCAACUUCUAAUAGCUCCAAGUCAGCUGACUUGCACCGAAUGAUAGUUCCAAAAAAUAGCCAGGACUCUGACUUAAAAAUCAAAUUAGCAGUGCGAAUGGAUAAACCACCACAUAUGAAACAUAGUGGAUAUCUGUAUGCCCUGGGACAGAAGGUUUGGAAAAGAUGGAAAAAACGGUACUUCGUUCUCGUUCAGGUUAGCCAAUACACAUUUGCUAUGUGUAGCUACAGAGAAAAAAAGUCUGAACCUCAAGAACUAAUGCAACUUGAAGGAUACACUGUGGAUUAUACAGAUCCCCACCCAGGCCUCCAGGGUGGUCAGAUGUUCUUUAAUGCAGUUAAAGAGGGAGACACUGUGAUAUUUGCCAGUGAUGAUGAACAGGAUAGGAUAUUAUGGGUUCAGGCCAUGUAUAGGGCCACAGGCCAGUCAUACAAACCCAUUCCUGCGAUUCAAACCCAGAAACUGAAUCCUAAAGGAGGAACUCUCCAUGCAGAUGCUCAGCUUUCUGGUAAGGAUGCAGACCGUUUUCAGAAACAUGGUAUGGAUGAGUUUAUUUCUGCCAAUCCUUGCAAGCUUGACCACGCCUUCCUUUUUAGAAUACUCCAGAGGCAGACUUUAGAUCACAGGCUCAAUGAUUCCUACUCUUGCUUGGGUUGGUUUAGCCCUGGCCAAGUCUUUGUGUUGGAUGAGUACUGCGCCCGUUACGGCGUGAGAGGCUGUCACAGACAUCUCUGCUACCUUACGGAGCUGAUGGAACAUUCAGAAAAUGGUGCUGUCAUUGACCCGACCCUGCUCCAUUACAGCUUUGCAUUCUGCGCCUCUCACGUGCACGGCAACAGGCCUGAUGGAAUUGGGACUGUUUCAGUGGAGGAAAAAGAAAGAUUUGAGGAGAUAAAAGAAAGACUCUCUUCUCUUUUAGAAAAUCAGAUAAGCCAUUUCAGAUACUGUUUUCCCUUUGGACGACCUGAAGGUGCUCUAAAAGCUACGCUUUCGUUACUUGAAAGGGUUUUAAUGAAAGAUAUUGCCACUCCCAUACCAGCGGAAGAGGUGAAAAAAGUGGUCAGGAAGUGUCUGGAGAAGGCUGCCUUGAUCAAUUACACCAGACUCACAGAAUAUGCCAGAACAGAAGGCCCAGCAGAAAAGGACACAGAGACCAUGAACCAGGCAACUCCUGCUAGAAAGCUGGAAGAGGUUCUUCAUCUAGCAGAGCUCUGCAUAGAAGUCUUGCAGCAGAAUGAAGAGCAUCAUGCAGAGGGAAGAGAGGCAUUUGCUUGGUGGCCUGAUUUAUUGGCAGAGCAUGCAGAGAAAUUUUGGGCUUUAUUCACAGUGGAUAUGGAUACCGCACUGGAGGCCCAACCACAAGACUCCUGGGAUAGUUUUCCUCUUUUCCAACUGCUCAAUAAUUUCCUCCGAAAUGACACACUUUUAUGUAAUGGAAAAUUUCACAAACAUUUGCAAGAAAUCUUUGUGCCCUCGGUUGUCCGCUACGUCGAUCUCAUGGAGUCCUCCAUCGCCCAGUCAAUUCACAGAGGGUUUGAGCAAGAGACAUGGCAGCCUGUCAAGAAUAUCGCCAACAGUCUUCCCAAUGUAGCUCUUCCAAAAGUUCCAAGUCUGCCUCUUACUCUUCCACAGAUUCCUAGCUUUUCUACUCCUUCAUGGAUGGCUUCUUUAUAUGAGUCCACCAAUGGCUCGGCAACAUCAGAAGACCUUUUUUGGAAACUCGAUGCACUGCAGAUGUUUGUCUUUGAUCUACACUGGCCAGAACAGGAAUUUGCCCACCACUUAGAGCAAAGACUCAAACUAAUGGCCAGUGAUAUGAUAGAGGCCUGUGUCAAAAGAACAAGAACCGCGUUUGAAAUCAAGCUGCAAAAGGCAAGCAAAACAACUGACUUGCGCAUUCCGGCUUCUGUGUGCACAAUGUUUAAUGUACUCGUUGACGCCAAAAAGCAAAGCACCAAACUUUGUGCCCUGGAUGGAGGACAAGAGUUUGGUAGUCAAUGGCAACAAUACCAUUCAAAAAUAGAUGAUUUGAUUGACAACACCGUAAAAGAAAUCAUUUCGCUGCUAGUCUCAAAGUUUGUUUCAGUGUUGGAAGGGGUGUUAUCCAAGCUGUCAAGAUACGAUGAAGGCACUUUCUUUUCAUCCAUCCUGUCAUUCACUGUGAAAGCAGCUGCAAAAUACGUUGAUGUUCCAAAACCAGGAAUGGAUUUGGCAGAUACCUAUAUCAUGUUUGUUCGGCAAAACCAGGAUAUCCUUCGAGAGAAGGUCAAUGAAGAAAUGUAUAUAGAAAAGCUGUUUGAUGGAGGACUGAAAAAAUAGACCGGAUGCCUUUAUCAUCAGGAUCCGUGAAAAUACCAGACAUGAGUGACUGCACCUGCCGGUUCUUUAGAAAUCUCCUUCAUUGCUCGUGAGUCUUCGUGGUUUUAUUUUUAUGUUUGUGCUUCAUCAAAAGGCCAAAAUGAGUAAGCUGAAAACAGACAAAAACAACAGGUAAUGGACACUUCUGGAACUCUAAACUUGCACAUUUUUUGUCUUUGAAGAUAAAGCCGUGUUGAAGGACCACGCAGAAGGCAGAGCGCGAUCAUUUGGCCUUCCCCGCGGGUCCGUGUCCCAAACAAGGCGGCCGUGCUGGGGCCGGGCCGGGCGCCCUGGGCCGUGAUCGGCGAGGCCGGCGGCGGAGGGGCGCUUGGGGGAGGUCGGCCCCACGGCACCUGCCCAUCGGUGACAGAGGAGAGACGCGCGGCCCGAGCUGUGGGCCCAAGCGCCCCGGGUUCCCGACCCGUAGCCUCCCGGAGCCGCAGAGCGGGCCUGGAGAACGGCUUGUGUUUGCCAGACUUUCGAAGACCUUCAGCAUCUCGAAAAUAUUAUCCGUUCUUUUAUCCAGGCCGCGUAGCCCUCAAAAGGUGCCAUUUCCCGGGGUGACCUCUCGGGCGGCAGCUCACCUGGGCGCGGUGCUGCGGGUGCCCAGCCUGCCCCCCAGGAGAGGGCCGCACACCUGCACCUGCUGGGCCCCAGCGCCCACGGGGGUCGGGGGGUGCGUUUUCCUGUCGUUCACCUACGGAGGCAGCAUAGCUGGAGAAGAAUGAAAAUAUAUCAGCUAGCCGGACCGACUCCUAAUCAAUAAAAAGCUAAACGCUUAAGCAGAAAAUUCGUCACCGAUUUGUUCCAGCAAAGCGGCUCUUUCCUCGUCGCCGUCGUCACCAGAAGCCACAUUCUGACAAAUGACUUGCUUGAAGCCGCCGUGAUCUGCGAGCCCUAUGUGGUCGGGUGAUUCGGAUUGCGGGGUAUGGGCCACAGAGCCCUAAAGGCAUUGUGCAUCAGCAUGUAUUGAGACCUCGUUCCAGGUGGCCAGCCGCUGGACUUUCUUAAAAAUAAAAUUCCCCAAAUAAACGCGGAGCGCCUGUGUCCAAGCAGUACGUGUUCCAUUUAACCGAAUCACCCUCGAGACGUUAUGAAUCGGGCAGAAGAGGGAGUUGUGCAUAUUUAAUAUAUUUGUUUUAUAUUUCCCCUAGCCAACAGAAUAAUGAAAUUCCUUAACUACUUCUCUUUAACUUGCAUGAAGAAAGCACGGUAUGUUGCUAAAUCUCUUUUCAGCGGCACCGCGGAGAAACAACUUUAAUCCUUGUUAGAAAAUUGCCGAGUCUGGGACUGACAAAGAGCUCAUGCUUGUUCCAUUGUUAGCGGCCGCCCGGAGCAGGGCCCUUUACAGCUGCGCGGAUCCCGCGGCUCAGCUGCACUAUUUAGGAGGCGAGGUUUGUCAAUUCUAUUGACAAUGGAGAGAGUUUUUCAGGGCCCGUAGCAGUGCGGACACAGUUGGGGAUCAAUGCCAGCCAUUCAGACUGCACCCUCUUUCAUUGCUUUGGUUUGUUAAUUCAAGACUAAAGGUCCACUGAGGGGGUUCAGGGUGUUUAAGAAAGCUGAUGAACUGUUUAAGAAAGCUGAUGAACUGCAAGCGUUUCUAGCCCUGGUGUGGCAAUUUCCAUAGUCAGUGGCAACUCCUGGCACUGAGGGAGCUAUGUCCUUGUUGACCUUCUUGUUAUUAAAAAUGCACAAGUGCUGCGCUUCUCAAUAUUUCAACACUCUUUCAUUGUCAAUACCACCUUCUGAGCCCUUCAGCUUGUUGCUUGCUCUAAAGAUCUUCUUAGAUUGGGUUUGAAAACUUCACCUUAAACACUAGAUUAGACUGAUGUUCUGUUUUCCGUGCUCCUGUUGAUUUGUUGAACCUUCCCAGGGCUGGAAAGCAAGUAGCAGCUUGAUGGGGAGACGGGCUGCUAAUAUGAUUUACCAGUCUACAGUCAUGCACAAUAAGUGUGAAUAAAUACAGGGGUCUCACAGAGUCAACCCUAGCCUUUCCUUUUCUUUUCUUUUUGCUUUAAAAGAAAUAUCUCAAGAAAAUGAAGUGAGUAAUGCAUGCCCUUACAGGAGUUGAAUGAACCACAAAAAGAAAAAAAAAAAAAAAACCCAUAUUUUUUUUGUUAAAGCGGUAGGCUGCUGUCACGGAUUGAUGUGGAAAAAAAAA